UUUUGCUGUGUUCAGGAGAUCACUGUAUGGGCUAUAUCCUUACAAAUCCAGCAUGAUCAGGCUGGAGGGGCUGGAGCACCCCUCUGAUGACUGGGAUGUUGUGGAGACUAUCGGGGAGGGAACGUAUGGCAAAGUUUACAAAGUCACCAACAAGAAAGAUGGAAGUCAAGCAGCUGUGAAAGUUCUGGAUCCUAUUCAUGAUGUUGAUGAGGAGAUUGAGGCAGAGUACAACAUCCUGCGCUCCCUUUCCAACCAUCCUAAUGUGGUAAAGUUUCUCGGCAUGUUCUACAAAGCUGAUGAGUUCAAUGGAGGACAGCUGUGGUUGGUUCUAGAGCUGUGUAAUGGGGGUUCAGUAACAGAACUGAUAAAGGGUUUGCUGAUGAGGGGGAGACGUCUGGAGGAGCCUGUCAUCUCUUACAUCCUCUGUGGUGCUCUGCUGGGACUGCAACAUCUGCACAACAACCGAAUAAUCCAUCGCGAUGUCAAGGGCAACAACAUCCUGCUCACCACAGAAGGAGGAGUCAAGCUGGUGGAUUUUGGUGUGUCAGCUCAGCUGUCUAGUGCACAGCUGCACAGAAACACGUCAGUUGGAACACCUUUCUGGAUGGCUCCUGAGGUGAUUGCAUGUGAGCAGCAGUUUGAUUACUCGUAUGAUGCCCGCUGUGAUGUGUGGUCUCUAGGCAUCACUGCUAUCGAGCUGGCUGAGGGAGAUCCACCACUGGCUGAGAUGCAUCCUGUAAAAGCUCUGUUUAAAAUACCCAGAAAUCCAUCCCCUACACUUCGCCAUCCGGAUCAGUGGUGCAGAAGUUUCAGUCACUUCAUUGCUCAGUGUUUGAUAAAAGAUUUUGAGGCACGUCCUUCAGUCACCCAUCUGCUGGAACACCCGUUUAUUAAGCCGGCUCAUGGCAAAGAUGCUGCGCUCAGGAAACAGCUCUCAGCUCUCGUACAGGACCAACAGAAUGCUGGCUCCAAGACCAAGACCAGGACCAGGACCAAACAUGAACGGAUCAAUACACGCAAAACACUGCUGAUUGAGAGUUUUCCAGAUGAUGACCUGGUGAACCUGGAGGCUUUAGAUGAGGAAACUAUAAUCACACAUCUCCAGAGGCGCUAUGAAGAACUGCAGAUAUACACCUAUGUUGGAGACAUCCUCAUUGCUCUGAACCCAUUCCAGGCUCUGAAAAUCUACUCACCACAGUUCUCUAAGCUAUAUCAUGGAGCAAAGCGCUCAGAUAAUCCUCCCCAUAUAUUUGCCACUGCUGAUGCAGCUUACCAAGGGAUGGUGACAUUCUGCAAAGACCAGUGUAUAAUCAUCAGUGGGGAAAGUGGAGCAGGCAAAACCGAGAGCGCUCACCUCAUCGUCCAGCAUCUCACUUUUCUGGGAAAGGCUAAUAACCGUACACUUCGGGAAAAGAUCCUGCAGGUGAAUCCUCUGGUGGAGGCAUUUGGUAACGCAUGCACGGCUAUUAAUGAUAAUUCCAGUCGCUUUGGGAAGUACCUGGAGAUGAAGUUUACACCCACUGGCGCCGUCAUGGGCGCGAAGAUCUCUGAGUACCUGCUGGAAAAAUCACGAGUCAUCAAACAGGCCACAGGGGAAAAAAACUUCCACAUAUUUUAUUACAUAUAUGCUGGCCUUUAUCACCAAGACAGUCUGAAGGAAUACAGAUUACCGGAGAAAACAGCUCCCAGAUACAUUGACGGUGCAAAUGGUAAAGUGAUGCAGGACAUUGUGUCCAGCCAAUUAUAUAAGGACCAGUUUGAUGCCAUUCAAGACUGCUUCCGCAUUAUAGGGUUUUCAGAAGAGGAAGUGAAUUCUGUAUACAGAAUCUUGGCUGCUAUUUUAAACACGGGAAAUAUUGAGUUUACUUCCACCACCUCUCAACACCAAACUGAUAAGAGUGAAGUGCCGAACUCUGAGGCCUUAGAGAAUGCAGCAGUUCUGCUGUGUAUAGGAGCAGAGGAGCUGCAGGAGGCAUUGACCUCUCACUGUGUGGUAACACGUGGCGAGACCAUAAUCCGCACCAACACAGUGGACAAGGCUACUGAUGUGAGGGAUGCCAUGUCCAAGGCCCUCUAUGGCAGACUCUUCAGCUGGAUCGUGAACCGUAUUAAUGCCCUUCUACAGCCGGACAUCAAGAGCUGCGCUGCAGAGAGUGGGAUGUACGUGGGCAUUUUGGACAUCUUUGGUUUUGAGAACUUUAAGAAGAACUCGUUUGAGCAGCUGUGCAUAAACAUUGCCAAUGAACAGAUUCAGUUCUACUUCAACCAGCACAUCUUUGCUCUUGAACAGAUGGAGUAUCAGAGUGAGGCGAUAGAUGCCAGUCUGGUGGAGUAUGAGGACAACAGACCGAUUUUGGACAUGUUCCUGCAGAAACCAAUGGGGCUUCUCUCACUGCUGGAUGAGGAGAGCCGUUUCCCUCAGGCGACAGACCAAACACUCGUUGAUAAGUUUGAAGACAACCUACGGUACAAGUACUUCUGGAGACCCAAGCGUGUGGAGUUAUGCUUUGGAAUACAGCAUUAUGCUGGAAAGGUGUUAUACAGUGUGAAUGGUUUUCUGGAGAAGAACCGAGACACUCUCCCUGCAGACAUCAUGGUUCUUUUGAGAACGUCUGAGAACAAAUUGCUACAGCAGCUGUUCUCUAAUCCUCUCACCAAAACUGGUAACCUGGCCACCUCCAGAGCCAGAGUCACUGCAGCCUCCCGGUCUCUGCCUCCUCAGCUCCACGCAGGACGUAGCAAGUCUCCUAGAUCUCGGAGAAAGGUGGACACCAUGGAAAUGAUGAGACACCCAGAGGAGACCACUAACAUGAGAAGACAGACUGUAGCUUCCUACUUCCGUUAUUCUCUGAUGGAUCUGCUGUCUAAGAUGGUAAUGGGCACACCUCACUUUGUGCGCUGCAUUAAACCCAAUGAUGAUCGCCAGGCUCUGCGCUUCUGUCAAGAGCGUGUGAUGGCACAGCUACGAUACACAGGCAUCCUGGAGACAGUCAACAUCCGACGCCAGGGCUUCUCUCACCGCAUCACCUUUGAUGACUUUGUUAACAGGUACUACUACCUGGCUUUCCGGGCCCAUCAGAUACCAGAAAGCAGUAAGGAAAAUGCUGUCAUUAUUUUACAGAAAGCCAAGCUGGACAACUGGGUUCUUGGCAGGACCAAGGUGUUUCUGAAGUACUACCACGUGGAGCAACUGAAUUUGUUGUUGAGAGAGGUGAUGGCUCGGGUGGUGGUAAUCCAGGCCUACACUAAAGGAUGGCUGGGGGCGAGGAGAUACCACAAGGAGAAAGAGAAACGCAAUCAUGGGGCAAUCAUCAUCCAGUCAGCAUGGAGGGGUUAUGUAGCCCGUCAACAUGUGAAGCGGAUUAAGCAGGAUCGGGAGAAUGCAGCCGUGCAGAUUCAGUCAGGUAAUGAUCUCAGCUCUUCGAAGCCACAGCUAUACACCACAGAUCCUCCCUCCUUGUACUUAGAAAUAUUGUGGGUGGAUUGUGCAUGUAUUCAUACAGUUCUUAAAAAACAAAUUCUUAAAACUAGGCUGUUUUCAGAAAGGAAAGCACAUCUCCGGGAAGAGGCUCUGACUGUCAAACUCAUAAGGACAAGUUUCUUACUUUUUGACACUGUGUGGAUGUUUGUGUAUAAUUCUCUCCCUCUUUUUAAGGUUGUCUCUGUCAUUGGUGACAGGCAGACUGACGUUGGCAGUGAAGGGAAAAGCACGGUAGAUGCGUUUGUAGUGAAGAAUAGUGGAGAGAGAGACAGAGCAACACAUCGCAAACAAGGUCCAGCAGCAAAGUUGCUACAGCGCACCCCUCGGCGUCGAGGCCAGCAACCCAAACUACUGAACAGCCCAGAGGAUAGUAUUUACUACAGCCAACUCAAUAGAGCUCUAGAUUACCAGGGGAGCAAGAGGAAGCCCAGAAAACUUGGCCAGAUCAAGCUUCUAGAUGGAGAGGAUGAGUAUUAUAAAUUGUUGUUGGCGGUGGAGUCUGUCCCUGAGGAAGAUUUCUCUUCUAUCCCUCCUCCUCCUCCCCGCUCUGGUCCUGCUCCGGUUUCUCCGCUGAAGAGAGAAGCUCUGCUCAGCCAGAGCUAAAGAGAAUAACACAGUGCUGCUGCUCAGCCUCGACCCGAGCCCCGUCCUAGUAAAUAGCAGGAUUGCCAUCUUCAAGUCCUAACCAAUAGAUGUAUAUUGUAUUUUACAGGAAAUAUUGAGGCAUUAUAGUGAAAA